AGCAGCGUCAGUCAGAAGGAGGGGAAUAACAAGGAAGGCUCGUAGGGGGGUCUUUCGGCUGAGCUCCUCCGUCCUUUGGGGAGAGGAGUUAAACGUGGGGACUCCGCGUGUAGGGCACGGUUGGCCGCGCAGUACCCUGCCCUCAGGAGAACCGGAAGAGCAUGCUGCACCCUCUAGCGCGCAGGCGCACCUCACGCACGCACACGUCUUCUAGUGCGCGGGCGUAUCCGCCCGUUCAGGCGCGCACGCUUUCUGGCGCAGGCGCACCUUCUCUUACGCGCGCACACGCCCAUUACCACGCAGGCGCUACCUCCUGCGCGCACGAGCACGGCCUCCGGCGCGCAGGCGCAGUGGCGCCGAACCCGGAGCGGGAGCUGAGUGUCUGGGCUUCUGGGGUCUGUGGGCCCCCAGGGUGGUUCGUCUCACCGCGCUUUUUCCUCCGCGAGGUCCGGAGUGCGGGUGUCUCUGUGGGCGUUGUACGGGGGAGGGGCCUCGCACGUGCCCGUAGCGCUUUGAAGUGUGGGAAGCGCUUUCCCCGCGCGUCUUUCUCCAAGCAGGGCUUAAUUAAUACUAUGAAACACUUAAGUAAAAACCAGUUGCCUUCACUUGCCACAUUUGAAAGAAUCGUAUACAGAAAUCCCUCGGAGUAUCAUUACAUUAAAGUCCAACUUGAGUUUCAAGAUCAUGGAUUUAGAUUAAGUGAUGUACAGUUCAAACAACUGAUUGUUUUGGCCCUACGGGACUUGUUUGGAGAGGUUGGUGCUGCCUUACCCUUUGAUGUGUUGACAUAUGAAGAAAAGACCUUAUCAGCAAUCCUGAGAGUCUGUAGCAGUGGCCUUGUGAAGUUGUGGAGUUCUCUGACCCUUCUGGGGUCCUAUCAGAACAAGAAAUGUGCCUUCAGAGUGAUACAGGUUUCUCCAUUUCUUCUUGCGUUAUCUGGUAAUAGUAGAGAAUUCGUAUUGGAAGAGUAGAAAUUGAAUUGGAAUUCGCUGAAAAUGAAUGGUUGAGAAACAGUAAUAUUUUUUUGCCGGCUGUGUGUGCAGCAUCUGUAGACAGAGAGACUUGCAGCUCUGGUUUGUAACUGUUUAAAAUUUGGAAAGAUGUUCGUGGUAAUUUCCAGUCACCGAAUUUUCCUGAGCACAGUAGGGCCAAGAGUUCUCCCAGUGCUACCAAGGCUGAAUAAAAGAAGGACGUGCAGUUCUGACUUGACCAGGCGGCACCUUCGAUAUUUAAAUGUAAAAGUUGGAGACCGGGCUGAACUCACUAAGGCUUUUACCCAGAAGGACGUUAUUACGUUUUCAGAAUUAACAGGGGACGUCAACCCCUUGCACUUAAACGAAGACUUUGCAAAGCAGACAGAGUUUGAAAGGACCAUCGUUCAUGGAGUUUUGAUCAAUGGACUGAUUUCUGCGCUUCUGGGUACCAAAAUGCCUGGUCCAGGCUGUGUGUUUAUUUCUCAGGAGAUUAACUUCCCAGCCCCUUUGUAUGUUGGAGAAUUGGUCUUAGCGACUGCUGAAGUGAAAAAGCUGAAGAUGCGUGUUGCUUUUAUUGAAGUAUCAUGUCGUGUAAUAGAAAGAAGAAAAACUGUGAUGGAGGGCCUGGUUAAAGUUAUGGUCCCAGCUGUCCCUAGUUCUUGAACGAUAUUGUAAAGCUACAGAAUCAGAAAUGUAUUGAUGUGCAAAUUAAAGUACAACUAGAGAAAAUAA